GGAUCACCAGCCAGCCACCUCGAGGCUCCACCCCAUGUCCCAGCACACCAUCAUCGACAUGGCGCAGACUUCUGAUAACGACAAGUACUCGGUCAUCUUGCCGACGUACAACGAGCGCAAGAACCUGCCCGUGAUUGUUUGGCUCUUGGCCAAGACGUUUGAGGAGAAUGGCCUCAACUGGGAGGUUAUUGUCGUCGACGAUGCGAGCCCGGACGGCACGCAGGACGUCGCGCGGCAGCUGGCCAAGAUUUACGGAGAUGACAAGAUUGUCCUCAAGCCCCGCGCAGGCAAGCUCGGUCUCGGAACCGCCUACGUCCACGGCCUCAACUUUGCCACGGGCAACUUUGUCAUCAUCAUGGACGCCGACUUCUCGCACCACCCCAAAUUCAUCCCCGAGUUCAUCAAGCAGCAAAAGGCGCACAACCUCGACAUUGUCACUGGGACGCGGUACAACUCUACCCCUUCCCCAGCCCCCGCGCCAGGCGUGGACAUUGGCCUCGGCCCCGGCGGUGUAUACGGCUGGGACCUGAAGCGCAAGCUCGUGUCGCGCGGCGCCAACUUCCUCGCCGAUACCGUGCUGCAGCCGGGGAUCACCGACCUGACGGGCUCCUUCCGCCUGUACCGCCUCCACGCGAUCAAGGACAUCAUCGCGCGCUGCACGUCCAAGGGGUACGUCUUCCAGAUGGAGAUUGUCGUGCGCGCCCGCGCGCUCGGGUACACUAUUGGCGAGGUGCCCAUCACGUUUGUCGACCGUAUCUACGGCGAGUCGAAGCUUAGCGGAAACGAGAUUGUAGGCUACGCCAAGGGCGUCGGACAGCUCUGGUGGGGCGUGGAGUAGACGUGGUGUACGUGUAGACCAGACCGACUUGACUGUACAAUGCAUAAAUCUACAACUGCGUUGUUUUCAGUGUAUGUGUGUACAAUCGUCGACGCAGGGGUCGGGGUUUCCACUGCCAGUAUUGCGACUAUAACGACAGCCACAUCUUCGCCACACCACACCCUCGCCGUCACCGCUCGCCACUCGCCACGCCACACCCUCGCGCUCACCGCUCGCUGCGCUCGCGGCUCGGCGCCUACACCACCACGCUCACUGCCCGGUGACUCCCCAGCGCCGACUCGCUCGUAAUCGCUGUCAUCCCCCCCUCGUCAUCCUCAAUCCCGCCGCCAAUACCCGCCAGGGGCGUUCUGUAGCUGUUGUGCGUGUACACGCUGCUUCUGUUCGCGUCGUCCUCUGCCAGCUCGCCGCGGCCGCGAGCGCCGCCGAUGGCAAACACGCCAGCCGGCUCCGCACCAGGGCGCCACGACCAGCGGCUCUCGCCGCUCUCCCAGCUGCCCCUGCGGCGGAUGGCGCGCAUGCUCGCGUCGUCGUCGGCGCGGCCGUAGCUCCUGUUCCUGAUACUCAGCGACAUGGCGUGCGAGCUCAACCCGUCGUAGUUUGACAGCGGGCGGUCGUGCGUCGAGCCCGGUCUGUCGGCGAACGCGACCGACGGGGACACGACCGGCGCAUGGUACGCCGACGGGCUGGCGCCAUCACGCAGCCGCAGCGAUCCCGGCCGCGCGCCCAUCGCCUGUGGAGACACAAAGCCAAACGUGCUGCUGGCCAGCGUAAGGGUCGACGCGUCAGGCCCGGGCGGGGCAGAAGGGUGCGGGUUGUUGCGCGGGUGGUACCGCGUGUGUCUGGGUACCGUGUGCUGCUGCACCUCUUCGUUGACAACGGAUCCAGGGAGGAACGUCGGCGAGAUGGGCGAUGGGAGUGUCGUCGGCCCUCCGUUGGCGCUGUUGGCUAUCGACGUGCCCGCCGGGCUCGACAUGCUGCGGCCCACAGCCGGAGGCGAUGAAUUCGACGACAACGACGGGGCCACGGCAAUAUGCGCGACGGGCGCGUUGCCCGACUCGAAGCUAAUGACCGUUGUCGCCGGUUUCGUGCUCGUGAGCGAGUCCUCCCUCGACACUCUUGACAGGAUAUCGCCCGAGACUUCCGAGCUGACAGACGACGGCGCGUCGGGGCCGCCGCCGAUACUCGACGAAAACGUAUUUCUCCUGUCGAGCUCGUGCGGCGCCGGCGGGACGGCGUGCGGCGCCGACUCGGAGCGCAUUAACGGCAUCGAGCCCGAGCGCGACAGGAUGGAGAUGGACCGAGCGGGGGACGUCGCGAGGCUCGGUGGCAAGGGGCGCACGCUGGCGUCUUCGUCGGCCACGCGGCCGGCCAGGCGGAAGCUCGACGAGAAGCUUCCCCCGUCGCCUGAUGCGCGGUGGCGCCGUAAGCUGCUCAGGCUCGCGAGGCUCGGCGUGCGCGAGCGGCUGAGGAUGCUCGCCGACGGGGCCAUGGACGAGCUGUCGAUCGUGCUCGCGGGGUAGCUUCUGCGCACGAGCGGGAUGGGCAGGGAGGGGUACGGGUUGUUUGCCUCGCGCCGGCGCUCGCUCACGGCGUACGAGUGGAGGGAGAGCGACUCGGCGCGCGUGCCCGUCCCGGAGUCGAACGAGGUCUGCCCGAAGAUGUCGGCGGGGGAGAGCUGGCGCCGGAGCUCGCGGCGCGCGGUGCGCGCUUCGGCACGCGACGCCGGCGGCGGGCGCGGCUC